UGACACAUUGACGGUAAGUGCGAGUAGGUGGUGCAGAGAAGACGGCGAUGCAGCGGGGGGACGACACCUGGCCAAGAUAAGGAUGUCGGGGAGAGGGUCAGGGCUCGAAGAUGACCUAGCUUCUAAAAGUAGGAGCAGUUGGAUGGACCCGCCCCUUAAAAUGAUUCCAGUCAGACUAGUGCCAUAUAUGGCUUGGCGUACGUCGCCCCUCUACUACUACUGGACGGGGCAGAGCGCUCCAAUAAAUUGACAAUGGGGCCACGUGUUUUGAACGCACCGGAAGAAGCCGACGCUGUUCCAAGUCCAAUCUUCGCACAUCUCCAUUUCGGCUCCAGAUCGAGCUCCUGCUAGUCUGUGUCCAGCCAGCCAGCCAUCAUGAACAGGCUUCCCGCUGCUGCCCUCGCCCCUUCGAGGCGCGCCGCUGGCCUGUCGUCGAGGCCGCUCGUAGCGACAGCGAGGGCCCAGGGCCUGCAAGCGAGGACUUUUGCAUCAGAGGCUGAGCCGACUUCAAGGUCACCCUUCCGACGCUUUCUCGUGCUGACGACGCUCACUGCAUCGCUCUUCUACGGAGGCUCGGCCUAUUACGCGCAGCAAAACGAACGGUACGCUGACUUGUUUAGCGAGUAUGUGCCUGGUGGGGAGCGCCUGCUCGACUUUAUCGACGGCGGAGGUGCGAACCAGGCCAGCGGCUACUCGCAGAGGGUCUUUGAAACGGCCACGUCGGGCUACCAGCGCGUGUCCGAGGCCGUCUCGCGCGUGUCCGGCCAGGUCCAAGACAAGGCCGAGACCCUGGGUGGAGAGGCCCAGGAGGCACGAAAGACGGCGGGCGAGCGACUGGAGCAGUCGAGCAGGCAGGCAAAGGAGACCACCCUCCGGGUUGGCACCAAAACGAAGGAAACGGCUGAGCAGGCAAAGGAGCAGGGCGAGGGCGUGGCAAAGGACCUGGAGAAGAAGGCAGAGGACCUCGUUGGCAAGGUCAAGAAGUCAAUCAGCGAAGCCGAGGAGAAGCUCAAGGGUCAGGCUGCAUCGGCCACAAAGACGCCUCAGGGCGCACCGUACGGCAAGCCACUGCCCUUGCAGCACGAGGCGCCUGCCGGCUUCGUCGCGGGCUCGUCUCGCGAGCGUGGCCUGCACCCCGAGAAUGCUCCCAAUGCUCGUCUGCGCGACGACCCCGAGAUUCCACUGCUGCCCAAGCUCGCGCCCUCGAUCUCGUCGCUCUCAGGCAGCGAGCCCAUGGUCGCUCACCUGGCUUCAACUGUCGAUGAUCUCGCCGCCUUCCUCCGAGAAGCGCCCAACGGCGGCUCCAAGGCCCGAGGCGUACUCGACGAGGCCAAAAAGGAGCUGCAGAACCUCCUGGAGCGCCUCGACGCCAUCAAGAAGCAGGAGGCUGAGCGCCUUCGCAAGGGGCUCGAUUCGGCGCGGUCCAAGUUUGAUGCGGACUUGAAGCGGGCCAACGAGGAGGCGGCCAAGCAGGUGGACCAGGUGGAUGCCAAGUGGAAAAAGGAGCAGGAGGCUCUGCGGAAAAAGGAGGCCUCCGAGUACGAGGCCAAGCUCAAGGAGGAGCUUGCGACACAGAGCGAGAUCAUUAACGAGCGCCUGCGCGAAGAAGUCGUGUCGCAGGGCAUUGAGAUGCAGCGGCGCUGGAUGAAGGAGAUCAAGGCCCGCGUCGAGGCAGAGCGAGGAGGCCGGCUCGCCAAGCUCGACGAGCUGGCAAGCGAUCUCAGCGAGCUCCAGAAGAUCAGCCUCGGCAACAGCAAGGCCCUCGAGGACAAUGCGAGCACCCUGGCUGUCUCUGCCGCCGUGCGAGACCUGCAGAGUGUGGCGCUGGACGAGCAGGACGAGCAGGGCGUGCGCGCGCCCUUCCGCAAGCAGCUCGACAGUCUCAAGAAGGCGCUCGAGAAGAGCGGCAGCCGCGAGGAAGAUGCGCUGCUCGCAAAGGCGCUCGACCAGCUCGAGGCGAGCCGGCCCGACGAGGGCGUCGAGUCCUUCUCGACGCUCUACUCGUGGUUCACCAACAAGCUCCGCCCUGCCGUGCAGCGUGUGGCCCUGGUGCCCGACCAGGCCGGCAUCGGAUCCCACCUGAUCAGCGCCACCAUCUCGCCGCUCCUCUUUGCCAAGAAGGGCUUCCCAGAGGGCGACGACGUGCCUGCCGUCCUGGCCCGAGCCCAGUGGCACCUCGAGAGGCGGGAUCUCGACGGCGCUGCCCGGCAGCUCAACCAGCUCCACGGCUGGCCGAAAAUCUUGGCAGAGGACUGGCUCGACGCUGCGCGGAGACGCCUCGAAGCGCAGCAGCACCUCGAGGUGGCAAGUGCAGAGGCCCACUUUGCCUCGUUGCAGGUGGCGUAAUCCACGACGUUUCAUAGAGACACACUUGUCCACUAGUUGCCUUGAAAAGUGACACUUCUUGACCAUGGAGGAAAUGUGAUUGUCAAAAGCAUUCAGUCGAAAUGGAAGUAAGAC